GAUUCACUCGGUCAUCUGAUCUAAUGGCUCACCAGCGCGUUCACACUGAGGAACGGCCGUUCACCUGCUCGGACUGUGGGAAGGGAUUCACGUUGUCAGCUCACCUACUGAGACACCAGUCAGUUCACACUGGGGAGAGGCCGUUCACCUGCUCAGACUGUGGGAAGAGAUUCACUCGAUCAUCUGACCUGCUGGCGCACCGACGUGUUCACACUGGAGAGAGGCCAUUCACCUGCUCAGACUGUGGGAAGGGAUGCAGUCAGUUAUCUGCACUGAAGGUACAUCAGCGAGUUCACACUGGAGAGAGGCCGUUCACCUGCUCAGACUGUGGGAUGGGAUUUACUCAGUCAUCUCACCUACUGAGACACCAGCGAGUUCACACUGGGAAGAGGCCAUUCACCUGCUCAGAUUGUGGGAAGAGAUUUACUCAGUUAUACAACCUACAGAGUCACCAGCGAGUUCACACUGGAGAGAGGCCAUUCAUCUGCUCAGAAUGUGGGAUGGGAUUUGCUCAGUCAUCUCACCUCCUGAGACACCAGUCAGUUCACACUGGGGAGUGGCCAUUGAACUGCUCAUAUUGUGGGAAGGGAUUCCCUCGGUUAUCCCAACUACUGGGACACCAGAAAGUUCACACUGGGGACAGGCCUUUCACCUGCUCAGAAUGUGGGAAGGGAUUCAGUAAUUCAUCCCACCUACAGAGACAUCUGCGAGUUCACACUGGGGAGAAGCCAUUCACCUGCUCGAACUGUGGGAAGGGAUUCAUUCAAUUAUCUGAUCUACAAAAUCACCAGCGAGUUCACACUGGGGAGAGGCCAUUCACCUGCUCAAACUGUGGGAAGGGAUUCACUCAGUUAUCCACCCUACACAGUCACCAACGAGUUCACACUGGGGAGAAGCCAUUCACCUGCUCAGUCUGUGGGAACGGAUUCAGUGAUUCAUCCGCCCUACACCGUCACCAACGAAUUCACACUGGGGAGAAGCCAUUCACCUGUUCAGAAUGUGGGAGGGGAUUCACACAGUUAUCCAGCCUACACAGUCACCAACGAGUUCACACUGGGGAGAAGCCAUUCACCUGUUCAGAAUGUGGGAGGGGAUUCACACAGUUAUCCAGCCUACACAGUCACCAACGAGUUCACACUGGAGAGAAGCCAUUCACCUGCUCAGUCUGUGGGAAGGGAUUCACACAGUUAUCAAGCCUACACAGUCACCAACGAGUUCACACUGGGGAAAGGCCAUUCACCUGUUCAGAAUGUGGGAAGGGAUUCACACAGUCAUCAAGCCUACACAGUCACCAACGAAUUCACACUGGGGAGAAGCCGUUCACCUGCUCAGACUGUGGGAAGGGAUUCACGCUGUCAUCUAAUCUACUGAGACACCAGCGAGUUCACACUGGGUAG